GUCCUUUAAUCUGACAGAAGUGGACCACAUCACUGCACAAGAGCUGUUUUUUUUCUUCUCUUAGUUUAUGCAAAUUAGCGGUGCGGUUUUAAGUUUCGUUUCUGUGAAGCUUGCACAAAGCUGCAUUAAACACAUAAUAAUGUCAAACGGAUUGAUGUGGCUCUAGAGUGAUUAUGGUUUAUAUGUCGUAAAGUUGAAUUUAUUUAUGCAGAUUAGUAGUGCAGAUAGUAAUAAUAAUGAUGAUCAUUUUAAUAUAAAAAACCUUAAUGAUUAAUCGAUAAUCGAUCUUUAAUUCUUCCGACGAUCGAUUAAGAAAAUUUCAUUGAAUGCCUUUCCCUAUUAUGGACUUGUCCGAAAUGUUCCACAGUAUAGAUUAAACGUAUAUAUCAUUACAGAAAAGAGCAAUUUAGAACACUACGUUACAUUACAAUUCAGAUCUGUGGAGUCGCCUCUAUUCACAGAAGGAAUUAUUGUAUUUUUGAGCAAUAGAAACACCCCUAACAAAUGUCAGAUGGAUAUGCUUAGUGUCAUACCAUAGAAGACUGGCAAAACAAUAGCAUCUCCAUAGAGACAAGCAUCUGGCGUGCCCUCCGCCAGAAAAGUUAAGCACUGCACCUUUAAGGGUUAUUGUAUCAGUAGCAUAAUUUAUUUUCUGUUAUCAUUUAUCGUCUCUAUUGUCAUGAGCAGUAUAUCGUACUUCACAAUUUGUUUUUGUGACAAGCCUAAUGAUACCUAAUCUUUUUUUUCCCCUUCAGUUUCAGUUAUGGCAGAUGUCCUGAAAAGCCUCAACCUCCUCGAGACGCUCAAAGAGUCCAUGGACAACAACAAACUGUCAGAUGUGAAGGAUGCGGUUGAGGACCUUCUCAUCAGCAGGAUAAACAUUGGAGUUGUGGGUGACCGCUGCCUGGAGAAGACCACCUUCAUCAACUCUUUACGGGGCCUCGGUGUUGACGAUGUAGGGGCCGCUCUGUACCCAUCUACUGUUAGUACUGAAGAAGUCAUUGGGUACCCUGACCCCAAACACACAGACUUCCGCUUAUGGGACUUACCUCCUGUCCCAACCUGCACACCCUUUGAACCAGAAUCAUACAUGGGAAAGUACAAGUUCAUGCGUUACAAUGCAGUAUUCAUGACCUUCACAGAUGUCCCUCAAAUCAAUAGUGUUACGAUCUUUUUGGAAGCACGCUUACUUCAGAACAAAACUGUAUACUUUGUACUUUUGGUUUCUGACAAAAACAAGACUCAAGAUGAUAAACGACAAGUGAGUUUGGAAGUUCUAACCUCUCAAGGCGUAGCAGUGCCUAAAGUAUACAUUGUCAAUCCAUCUUGCUUGGAGAAAAUUGACUUCCCUGUACUUUUAGAAGACAUGGGACAAGACCUACCAGAGAUCCGUGCCCAUGCGUUAUUAUUAGCACUACCGAUAUUAACACCAGCUCUUGUAACUCAAAAAAAGGAGGCGUUUAAAGCACUGGUCUGGGCUGCAGCAUCUCUCUCUGGUGGAAUGUCAACUCUCCCGGUUCCUUUUGUGGCCUCAAUGGUGGACUCAAGCAUUGGUGUACGGAUUCUAAGCAAAACGCAGAUAUCUUUGGGCUUGGAUAACCAUUCUGUGGAAAGGCUUGCCAAAUUACGAGGCCUUGACCCAGGUAGACUGAAAGCAUUGCGUACUUGCGUUCUAUCGGCGGAGGUCUCUAAAGGGGAGGUGAAAAAACGUCUGGCUGCAGCGGAGAAGGACUUGUCCACGGUUUCGUCGAGGUUGGUUCAGAUGGCCAUGCCCAGACAGGCGCGUUCUGCCAGCAAGUCAUUCGCUGCCACGCUCCAGGCUUUGAAUACAGCAAUAGAUGAGAUGGCGGAGGAUGCAGAUAAGAUUGUACAGGUGGUACUGAUGGAGGGACAGUGAUGUGAUUUUUAAUUUUUUUUUAAUACUGAGUUUGCUUCUGGAAAGGGAAAAUCUGCAAUCAUUGACUGAAAGCCUCAUGUACUCUGCUUAAAGGUCCUAUAUUAAACAAAAUAGUUUCUUGUGUGGUUUAAUCCAGGGGUGAAAUCAUCCAAAUGAUUCUAGUGAGUUUAAAAACACAGUGGAGCACUUGACCCUACAAGUUGGAACAGAGUGUUUUCUGUUUGAGAAGAUAACACACUCGAAAGGUGCAGGGUUUGUGUGUUAAACAUUUGAAUGAAACAAAACACAACUCCAGAUAUGUUUCUGAUUAUAACAUUAUAACAUAGAUUACAAAGAAGCACAGU